AUGGGUAUACCUGGACUUAUCAACACAAUUGGGUCUGGGGAGCGUAUUGCCCUUUCCAGGUUAGCUAUCACACAUCUGGAGAAGACUGCACGACCCAUCCGGAUCGCGGUUGACAUUUCCAUAUGGCUAUUUCAAGCCCAGGCUGGCCGUGGAGGCCAAAAUCCUGAAUUACGGACCCUGUUCUUCAGGCUGGUCAGGCUUCUUGCUCUCCCAAUCCAUCCGCUUUUUGUUUACGAUGGAAGACAAAAGCCUCCCUUCAAGCGCGGAAAGGCUGUCGGCCGCAGCUACGGAUCCGCUCCUAUCAUUAGUCUUUCCAAGACUCUGAUUGAUCUCUUCAAAUUUCCGCGACAUGACGCCCCAGGGGAGGCUGAGGCUGAAUGUGCCAGAUUACAGCAGGCGGGCGUUGUUGACGCUGUAAUGAGCAACGAUGUCGACGCGUUAAUGUUCGGGUCCACAUUCACAGUGAUGAAUUUCUCGAAAGAGAGCUCGAGCGGAACGAGCGCGGCGACCCAUGUUGACUGUUACCGUACGCAAGAUGUCCUCGGUCUUCCCAAGAAUGUGGAACUGAGCCGUGCUGGCAUGAUUCUCUUUGCGAUGCUGAGUGGAGGUGAUUAUUUGCCAUCGGGGGUCGCUAAAUGCGGAAGCAAGCUUGCUGGGGAGAUCGCAAAAGCAGGAUUCGGCGAAGAUCUUCUUGAGAUUCUUGCUGGAGAUGAAAGCCAAGUGGAGAUGAAACUGGCCGAGUGGAGAGACAGACUUCAGUACGAACUGGAAGAAAACGAGAGCGGCUACUUCCAGUCCAAGCACAAAGCUGUGAGGAUACCGGAUACGUUUCCUGACCGGACUAUUCUCUCCUUUUAUGCCAAUCCUGUUGUUUCCAGUCCCGAAGAAAUUGAACGUCUUCGACAAAGACUCGCCAAUGCUUGGGACCAUGAAAUAGAUGUGUUACAAUUGAGGAUGUUCAUCGCGGACGUCUUUGACUGGAAAUACCGCUCUGGUGCGAAAAAGGUUGUCAGAAAUCUGGCGGAGCCCUUGGUGUGUUCUAGGCUUCGGCUUCGCAAGCCUGUGGUCGCUAAGCAAGGCUAUGGCUCAUUCGUACCUAACGCGGAUGCUCCCAUCUUACAACGAAUUUACAAAAGCCGAAUGCAUUACAGCACGGAUGGCCUGUCUCAACUACAAGUAGAGAUUGUUCCAAUUGACGUUGUUGGUUUGGACCUGGAUGCGGAGGAACCAAACCCUCCACCUCAACAAGGUUCUCAGCAAGAAGCUACGGAAAUAGGCGACGAUGAAGAGGAAGCGGAAGUCGAGGCUGAGCCAGCUGCGCAAACCAUUUCGGCAUUCAAGCAGCCGAGAAAGCGAUAUGACCCUUAUGAGCCCGAAAAGAUAUGGAUCUUUGAGGCCGUGGCGAGGAUCGGCAUCCCUGAUGUCGUGGAGAGGUGGGAGAAAGAGCAAAACGAAAAAGCAGCACCCAAGAAGCCUGCCCCCAAGAAGACUACGACAAGGAAAAAGAAGCCGAUAGAUCCGUCAAUGAAGCCCGGGGGGAUCCUUCGUUUCGCCACAGUUGCUAAACCAGGUAGUGAACUCAGUCCCAGAAAACAAUCCCAGCUCCUUGAUGCCACUGUCUCGAAAUCUUCAACGGAAGGCUCUCCAGGAGCCGAAAAAGACAAUGGUUUCCAACGUACGUCUUCCAAGACAGGUCCUCCAGCGAGUUUCUCUUCCCUUCAAACUCACAGUAUCAAAAAGGCACCAUCUUUAGCGGUCGAUGAUCUUGCGGAUGACUUCGCGACGGCAUGUAGUAUAUCCGAUGUCGGGGCUACCAGAACCCUGUCGAGGACGACACGUCGACGCCUUGGUAUGAGACGCCACGGUCUCGGUUCCCAAGAUGCGCCGAUAGUUUUAGAUGCGGAUCUCGGUGAUCAAGAAGCGUCUCCCGUUUGCUCUACGCAUACGACAUCAGCAGGACAGUUCAAGAUUAGCUACACCAACGCCGGUAGCCCACCACCUCUUGUGACAGACCUGCCACAUCCAUCACAGGUUCCGUUUCCGUCCUCCCCCACACGGCAGGGACGGCGUUCGCGAAGAAAGCCAACCCAAUCGCAAGUACGAAGCACAGAUUCUGAAGCAUCUCAGGAGUUGGAGACUGCCUUCGAAUCGCUUUCCCUGUCGACUCCGUCAAGGAGACUGCGCCGAACUGCAGAAAAUCCGGCUCCAUUCCCUCGACGCUACCCGGGUACUGACGAAGAGCCAGUCGAAUUGGCUUGCCAGGAACCUGAAGUCUUGAUUAUCGACUCGUCGCCGCCAUCGAUGGUAUCUCCGACGAUGCCCUUGGACACCAAGCUGGUAUCUGCCCAGGCGGAGGACUCCAGCCCGAUACGGCGCCGGCGGCAGCGGAAAAAUAUUCCACAACAAACGACGUCGUCGCGCAAAGAAGGAAUUGAUGUUGAAGAAGUUGUUCAGGAACGCCCUUCAAUAUCGUCAUCGACACAGACGAAAAGCUCUCGACGCAGAAGGGAUUCGGCGAAAGAGGAAAAUUCGCAAUCGCAAUCAACAACCACGAGACUCGUAGAAACAAUCCAGACACAUAAUGGUUUCUGGACAGUGGAGACCCGUGAAGAGCAGGUGCCAUCUUCAUCCUCUAAUAUCCGAGAUGGCGACGAGACUGAUGACGCCGCACAUGAAGGAGAGGGCAAGACUAAGACUAAGAAGAGGAUUGGAAGAGCGGGAAAAAGGAAAAUCGUAACGUGUAUCUAUUUAACAAGCGAAUACCUUCAAGAAUCCCCACAGGCCAAUCCCACUCAAGACAGGAAUCGUAAGAUUGUCAUCAAGUCCGAAAAGGUCCACCAGCUCGCUCCCCGCGGCGACAAGGCCCGAAACAAAGCUCAUCACGCCCAGCGCCAGUCCGCCACUGAUGAUGCCGCUCGACGUAUCAGGUACGUUGUCUGGAGAGACCCGGCUGAUGAGAUUCCGAGCAGCGUCUGGAAACAGAUUCAGGCAGCCCGUGAACAUGAAUGCGCCCUCGGGAUCGUCGGGGAAGGUGCCCGUGCGAGGGACGAACCAUCCCCAGAACAUGGACGCCGUGAGAACGCCCGUGAGGAAUGCAGCCAGCGUCCCGGCCAGGCUCUUGCCGCGUCGGAGACGGAUCGUAUAACGCCCGUACAGACGCCCGAACGUGGACGCAGCGGUAUCGCACCAACUCAGCAGGAGGAUGCCCACCACUCCCACGUCUUUGGGGAAGAACCUGAGCACGAUGUAGGCUCCGAGGAGAUACCAGACCACUCCGUUGAAGCCAUUGACCUCCGUCUCUCUCAUGAGAGCGCCCACGCACCGAAUAAACAACUUGUUGACGGCCUCUGA